AUGGUGGCCACCAAAAUAAGCUUCCACACUGAGAUUGGCUCCGCCAGUGUGGAGCCUGAUUCUGUCGGUGAACUCACGGCUAUCGAAGAAGAAGAAUCAGGCUCCACACCGGUGGAGCCAAUCUCAGUAUGGAAGCUGGUUUUGGUGGCCUCCAUCGCUGUCGGGAUCCACCUUGUCAACGCUGUCCAGAUAGCAAGGCUAAUACCAAUAUAUGUGGAGUUCGGAAUACCAGAUAAAUGGACUUAUUUAGUGUGGCUCGUCGGUGCCGUUUCUAGCUCUGUUUUCCAUCCCUUACUUAGUUAUUACAGCAACACCUGUAAACUCGGGUGGCGGCACCAUCCUUUUAUGUUUGUGGGUGCCGUUGGCGCCACCAUACCUUUUUGGACAAUUGGAUUCGCCAAAGACAUUGGGUAUGCCUUUGGAGACAACCUCUCCGAGUAUACUCAGUAUCGCGCCUUAAUCAUUUUUGGGAUCGAAUUGUGGAUGUUGGAGAUUUCGAUCAACAUGAUCGAUGCCCGCUGCAGAGACUUCCUUGGUGAUCUUGCCAGCAGAGACCAACCAAAGAACAGACUGGCAUACCGGUUCUUCUCAUUCAUCAUGGCAGUUAGAAAUGAACUGGGUUACUUGGCCGCAUUAUUUAGUAGAUUCGAUGUUAUGUUGGCAUUCACCAUGACAAAAGCAUGUGAUAGGUUCUGUGCAAAUGCGAAAAGCAUAUCAAUUUUCUCAAUCUUUCUUCUACCGUUAUUGACGGCUGUGGCUCUAUUCUGCGUCCAGAACAAGAUAGCAUUACCUGAGGAGGAGUCAAGUGUGAGGGAAGAGGAAGAUGACAGAUGCCCACUAGUUAAAUGCUUCCGAGAAAUGUUUCGGACCAUGAAGAGGCUGAAUAACACGUUGGGUUUUAUUUAG